UCCAUUCAUUUAUUUAUACAUUUUUGUAGUAUCGUACUUUUUCCAUCUCUCAAACUCUGUUUCUCUCUCUGUCCCCCAUCUUCUUCCAGCCUUCUAAACCAAAAAAAAAAAAAAAAAAGAAACCAACCAAUUGUGUUUGAUUAUUUGUCCUAGUUUCUGAUCUAUUUCAACUUUGAUAUUGAAACCUAUCGUUACCAUUUUUUUCGAUCAGACAAAUCGGUUUAUUUUGGAUUUGUCCCGACAAUUUAGCUAUUUUUGGCAAAUUUGACGUUACCCAUUUGAGAUCUAGAAUUUGUUCUUAGUUUUACUAAAUUCUUAUCUUUGCCGUCGAUAAGACUUUUCUUGAUUCUCCGGGUAGGCAUUUCUUUUUUUUCCUUAUCUUUAUUGGUACAGAUUCUUUCCUUAAAGCGGGUAAAUACACAAAGUGUUAGCUGGAAAGUUGGACAGUGCGUGUAUUCAUUUCCUUUGCUAAUAUUUCUCUCUCUCUCUCUCUCUUCACGCGUGGCACUGACUAUUGGACUCGUGUUAAUGCUAAACUUCAGACAAUAUAUUACAACUGUUUCUAACUGGCUUUUAGAUUUUUGAGGUUAUCUAAAAAAAUGGUUAUGUACUGUAAAAUUUUAGUUUAGUUUGUGAAGUCAAUGGUUUGAUCUGAUUCCUCAAGAAUUCAACGCCAACAUAUUCAAAUAAAUUUCUUUUUAUUUGUUCUGUUACCAUCCCAAUCAAUUACCAAAAAAUGAUGCGUAUGAAGACCAAAAGUAGUGUUGUGCCACCGGUGAUGAACGGGACUUCCACCGGUAGAGACGUUGCUGCUGAGAAUGAAUGGGAGGUCCGACCCGGAGGAAUGUUGGUCCAGAAGCGUAACCCGGAUUCGGAAAACCGGCCUCCUCCACCACCUAUUCGGGUUCGGGUCAAGUAUGGCUCAAUUUACCACGAAAUCAAUAUCAGUCCUCAAGCAACCUUUGGGGAAUUGAAGAAGAUGUUAACUGGUCCAACGGGGCUGCACCAUCAAGAUCAAAAGUUGUUGUACAAAGACAAAGAAAGGGACAACAAUGCGUUCCUUGAUAUUUCUGGUGUUAAGGACAAGUCAAAAAUAGUUGUAGUUGAAGAUCCACUUAGCCAAGAGAAACGGUACCUUGAGAUGAGAAAGAAUGCUAAGAUGGAGAAGGCUGCUAAAGCUAUAUCAGACAUCAGUUUUGAAGUCGAUAGGCUUGCUGGACAGGUGUCUGCGUUCGAAUCAAUAAUUUCCAAGGGUGCAAAAGUUGCAGAAAAGGAUUUGGUUAAUGUGAUUGAGUUGUUGAUGAAUCAACUGCUUAAAUUGGAUGGCAUUGUAGCUGAAGGUGAUGUUAAAUUGCAAAGAAAAAUGCAGGUGAAAAGAGUGCAAAAAUAUGUUGAAACACUAGAUGCGUUGAAGAUUAAAAAUUCAGCGCCAUCAAGCAGUGGGGAUCACAUUCCGAAACAGGAGUCCUCCCCGUCUCAACAGCAUCAUCACCAGCGCAGGUAUUCCAACGAGCAAGCAUCAUCGCCCGUUCAAAACCAGAACGGCAGGCAAACAAAACAUCAGCAGCCACCGAGGCACUCGCCCUCGGGUUCCGUUGUCAUAACUACACAGUGGGAAACAUUUGAUCCCGCGCCAGGGUCACUACUGGAUCAUUACCCAACCACGGCGCCAAGCAACAAUAAUAAUCAUGCUUCUGCUCAACCUCGGUUCAAUUGGGAUUUGCUGUGAGAGUAAGUCUUAGUAGAAAAGUUAUCUUUGCUUAUUAGUUUGAGGGAUUGUGUUUGUGUGAAAUUUCCAAUUCUUUUUUGUAUGUAGGGUCCUGUUGUAUUCCCCUGUUUCAUAUAAUCUUCCACCUGAGCAAUAAUUGGGACUCACUGCAUAAGGUUC